AUGGCCAUCCAACUCGAGGGCAACACCCUUCUCUACACAGUCACCACACUGACAUGUCUUGGUUUCCUUCUCAUCGGCUUCGACAAUGGUCUGAUGGGCGGCUUCAUUAACAGUCCCGCCUUUCUCGACACGUUUGGUAUAGACCACAAGUCAAAGAGUGGAACCAACAUGAUUGCACUGAUCGUGUCCAUCUACGAAAUCGGAUGUUUCAUCGGAGCUGUCACUACCAGUUUUAUCGGUGAAUCGCUGGGUAGACGCAAGUCUGUUUUGAUCGGUGUCAUCAUCAUGAUUGUUGGCGCCCUCCUGCAAUCUACUGCUUAUCAUGUCGCCCACAUGAUCGUUGCAAGAAUUGUCAGUGGAAUUGGCAUGGGCUUCAUCAACUCGACCGUACCAGUCUUGCAAGCCGAGUUCUCGCCCAAGGCAACUCGUGGCAGAUAUGUCUGCGCUCAGUUGUCCACGCUCAACUUUGGUAUCUGCAUGGUAUAUUGGAUAGAUUACGCCUUCUCAACUCUAGAGAACGGUGUGAGAACAAGCUACAUCUGGCGCGUACCCACCAUCCUGCAAUGCAUCUUCCUGAUCCCCAUGAUCUUCAUCGUCUGGAUUAUUCCAGAGACGCCUCGCUGGCUCGCCGCUAGAGACCGCAACGAGGAAGCUCUCGAGGUCUUGACUCGUCUGAACAAGAACAAGAUGAGCCACGAGGAAAUCCAGAGCAUCCACAGCGAUAUUGUCCGCACUGUUGCCAUCGAGAAGUCGAUCGGUGCCGGUACUUGGGGCGAUCUUCUCAAGAACGACAGCAUCCAGAGCAGACGCAGAUUCCUCAUUGCUUGCAGCAUUCAGGCUUUCCAACAGCUUGGAGGUAUCAACGCGCUGGUUUACUACUCUGGCACUCUGUUCCAGGACAGCUUGGGCUUUGAUGCACACCUCUCUGGUCUCAUGUCUGGAUUCUUGAACACUUGGUUCUUCUUGGCUUCUUUCAUCCCUUGGUUCCUGAUCGACAGAGUUGGCCGUCGUCCUCUCCUGUUGUCCAUGGUCAGCUUGAUGGCAGCCGUCAUGGCUGUUCAAGCAGCCCUCGUCUACAACACACAACACGCAACAUCCAUCGCCCAUGGCGCUGGUAUCGGUGCCGCAGCUAUGCUCUUCAUCUUCCAAGGUGCAUUCACCGUUGGCUUCCAAGCCACCGUCUGGGUCUACCCUUCCGAAAUUCUCCCUCUCCGUCUUCGCCAGAGAGGAUCUUCCAUCUCGACCGGCACAAACUGGAUCAUGAACUUCCUGAUCGUCUAUAUCACUCCUCCCGCCAUCCAAAACAUCAAGUGGAGAACCUACAUCAUCUUCGCCGUCUUAAACGCAACCUGGGUGCCCAUCAUGUACCUCUUCUACCCUGAAACCAAGGGACUUGCUCUUGAGGAUGUCGACAGACUGUUCACCAAGCCCGGCUUCGAGGAGGGAUUUGACGCCGCAAUGGAUGAGAAGGCUGUCACGUACCACACUGACAGGCUCGAGAAGGUCUAA